AAUCGAUCGAAAAUGGACUGCCCAGGGGGUUCGGCAUCGCCUGCAUAACUGUGACGGUGAGAUUGAGCGUUGGCCUCGGGGUGAACCGAGCCCUUGGCGUGGCAGUUGACGGUCAGCUCUUGUGCUCUCGCUGGUGGGUAGCGCCAGUGCCCCGUUGCUGGAGCCGGUGCCGGUGCCCCGCAUCGGAGUAAAGAGUAUUCACGGCUUGACGCGGGCAAGGUAUGAGUGAUGCAGCUACAGAGAUCCAUCAACACCGGACGAGCAUAGCCGACCGACGACAUUUGGCCAGGAGAAGCGCCGCAUCAUCAUCCGCAGAGAGCAGCUCCUUCCUGCCUUGAACAUCUCCGAGGCCUCGGACCCUAAAUCAACCAUCGGCAGCCCCUCCUCCUCCACCGGCGACGGACGGAAGUCGCGAGGCCCCAGUCGCAACUUCCUCGCGGGGGCCAGCGCUAAAUAGCCCCCUCCCAAUCGACUUUUUCAUCAGGCCGGCCGAGGACCUGCGCCGACGACGACGCCUUCAUCCGCCGCCGCCGCCGCCGUGCGUGCGGGAGGUGAGCGAGCUGGUCUGAGCUCGAUUGUGCGUACUUGCCUGCAGCAGGAGCUGAGCCGAGCUCGGCUGCUCGAGUAGUCAGGAACCCUUCUCGCCGCCCCUCGUCUGUCUAAACUUGUUGAGGCACGCUUCGAUCCUCCUCAACGCCAGCAGCCAUGUCAGCCAUCCCACCCCGGAACCUCUGGCAGCUGCACGUCGCCGUCGGCGAGGCUCCGGCCGUCGUGCGCGUCCGCAACCUCCAGGCUACCGUCAAGGGCCCCAACGACGCCUGGGGCCGCCGCGGCCGCUUGCAGCCCAUCCUCGUCUCGUGCAAGGUCGAGUUGCGUCAGCCCUUUAGCGGAACCUCGUCGGCCGACGCCCUUGCCUCGGAUACGGUUCACUACGGCCAGCUGAGCAAGGCCAUCCUCGCCAGCCUCGACCGUCUCGCCUCCGAGACGUGCUCGCCUGAGCCCCCGUCCUCGGCCCCCGCCGCCGGCUCCGGGUCUCAGUCGGCCGGCGCGUCGUCGUCUGUGGCUGCCUCGUCAUCACCGUGGCCUCUGAGCCUGUGCGAGGUGCUCACGUACAUCUGGAUGGACCUUACCGGCUUCUACCACAACGGUCGGCCAGUCGAUGCCGAUGACGAUGACGGCGGUCAUCCCAUCUCCGCGUCGUCGGCUGCCACCACGGCGCCCUUCCUACGCAACCUCAGAUCUGUGCGGUGCAUCGAGCUGACAGGGCACCUGCCCAAGGCGUCCCUCGUAGGUGACGGCCCCAGCUUCACGUACACGGGUGUGUUCGGCAACGACCUCGUCGGUACGACUAUGCGUAUCUAUGGUCGAACCCUGCGUCUACAGAACCUGCGCGUCCCUACCCUCAUCGGCAUCAACGACAACGAGCGCGAGGCCCGCCAGGCGGCGAUUGUGAGUGUCGAGGUGGACAAUUACGAAGCAUCGUUUGACAUUUUCAAUGCGCUCGAGUCCAAGAUUGUCGAUAGAUUGGAAAACUCGUCGUUUGGGACUCUCGAGGCGCUGGCCACAGAUAUUGCAGAGACAGUCACGCUAUACCUCCGACUGGAGAGAGCGGAGCCUCUCGACGGGUCGGGCUCGCAGCUCAAGAUCAUCGUUGACAAGCCCAUAGCGGUGCCCUUUGCCGACGCCCCGUCCGUGGAGCUGCGUGUCAACACGAGGGAUGUGCCGGUAUCAGUAUAUCAUUAGCCGUAUACCGACGAUGACGACAGAGACGACGACAUGUACUCGGGCUGAACAUGUGUGCACAUUGUCAUGAUAUAAUGGAAGAUGGUGUAUAGACCAUGCCGCUGUCUAGUUUUCCUACAAGUGUCCAGUCUAGAGGUAUCAAGUCUAUCGUGCCCAAUCCCAAACUCCGGUAGCGUCCAAAGCGAGGAGCGCAUCAAUGUUAGAAGAAAUCACUGCCAUGGCGUCACGAAUCGUUACACAUCAGAAUGUCGCACUGGGGCACGUCGCCGUUGGUGACGUCGCGGAUGAAGGCGGGAUCGGGAUCGAAGAGCAUGACGUGAAAAUGCUCGACGGCGUGGAUCGACUUGAGGGCGGACCAGUUCUUGAACCAGGCGACCUGCGGAGAUGAACACGGUGCACGGAGAGGCUGCGGGAGACGACGCAACACGAACUUACAUUGUCAGCGGCCACGCGCGAGCGAAACGUCUUGGCUACGUAGCUGUCAAUGGCGGCGCGAGUCUCGUCGGUGAGAUCGCCGGAGACGGGAUCCGACUCGAGCUCGAACUUUGUCCAGACGACGAGGUGGACGAUGCGCUUGUCGAGCCCGUAGGGCCAGUCGUUGAAGAUGAUCCUGACGUCGUCCGGGUGCUGGAAGGGCAGGCCGCGGGCGACAAUGGGCUCCUGCCAGCGGAGGCGCUCGGCGAGCACGAAGGCGGCGACGGAGCCGUAGAGGGCGGCCUGGCGAUGGGCGUAGGACCUGUAGCGGCGCAGCUGGGAGGG